CACAGAAAAAUGAUUCUACAGACAAGAGUUAUCUGAACAUGUUGUGAAGUUGUAGAUAAGGGGGCUUCUUUACUAUUGCUUAGUAUCAUGCUGUUUAAUAUUGGUGGCCCGAUGCAGCUGCCUUUUGUCCGAGUUCGAAGUGCUUGGUUCUCUUGUGGCACAAUUGCUUCUUGGUCUUACAUUUCUUACAUUCCAGACGGAGAACAAUCUUACGCGUGGUCUUCGCCUUCUUGUGGAAGACGGGCUUGGUUUGUCCACCGAAUCCCAUUUGCUUGGAAUCGUAACGUCUCUUUCCCUGGGCGAAGUUAGACGCCUUUCCGGCCUUGUAUUGUGUGACCUUGUGGAGGGAAUGCUUCUUGCAUUUUCCAGCGCAGUAAGUUCUGCGUUCUUUAGGAACAUUAACCAUGAUUUCUUUUUUGUUUCUGCAGUUGUGAGAUUUGGAUGUCGUACGGGGGGAACGGGUUCGAGAGAAAUUUUAGUUAGCAAUACAUUUGGAGAGGAAAGAUCUGAUAUACAACCAUCUCAAAAAAGACACAGGGAUUCUCUAUGAAAAGGUAGGCCCGGAGGUAGUAAACCCCAUUGCAGAGACCCUGGCGUUCUACACAGUUCGUAUCAGCGCCAACGCCGACGCCGACGCCGCAGCAAUUCCCCCAUUCUCAGCUCGUUGCCUUUUCAAAAGUUUCCCACACUCACGACCUUCAAUAUCCUUCACCUAUGAGAUAACACUAAAUACGUAAUCAACAACUAUUGGCUUCGUAACCCCAAUAACAUACUCACACUUUACAAGACACUAAAAGAGAAUGCUGUUCUAGAUCCCGACUCUAUCUUGGUCGAACGAUGAUGCAUGCGAUGCUCGAUGAAGACGUUCUGUCCUUGUUUCCGUUCUUGAGCAUUCCGGUAGAACUACAGUAAAGUUGUGCUAGUACAAAAGGUAAAAGGUAUUCAUACUGAGGGAGGUCAGACGGUAUUUGUCCAGUCUGAUACAUUGAUCCCGAAUUAUGGCCCCCUCCCCCUUUUAACUAUUGCUACCUGUUCCGGUAGAGUCUUCAUCAUUUCUUUUUUGCGUUACAAUUAAAUUUGCAAUAGCAUACAAGUUCGUACUACGAGUACUAAAAAGCAGUACCUGGUACUUCAUACGUACGAAUACCAGCAUUCGUACGGUACAAGUAGAUGCAACCGAGAGAAUCCGACACCUUCUGAAACUCACUCGAGAAUGACAAAAACAGAUCAAAGUACUACCGGUACAAGUAACUCGCUUCAUGAUACGAUACGUAAUAGAGCGAUAUCUGUCGUCGUCACUAGCAGUGUCUUAGAUUGAGGAAUCCUAACAGAGUUAAGAAGCAACAACCUAUAACUGCACAAUACUGUCCUGCGCAAUGCCGUCUGUUCCCACCGUACAACCAGAUGCACGCAGCACCCUUGUAUCAUUCACAGAAGAUCACAUCACCCAGUUGAUCCGUGAGGCGGUCCAGGUUCAACACCACUGCAAACGCGCUCGGUUCCACCUGUCGAAUGACAAAGAUACUAAGGCGAGUUCUAUCGGCAAUGUAGCUGGUGCGAGCACGACCAGCAAAAGCAAAGGCCGUGUGGGGAUGCUUCGGCGUCGAUUGCACGCCGAUGACAUUAAUAUGGCGUUGCAAUGGCGAGGGUCGGAAAAGAUUUAUGCCACGGGGAUUGUUGGGGGGGGUCGAUUUGUGAACUUGUCCUCGCGUGACGACAAAAAAGUUCUAUUGGAGGACUAUUUGAAAAGUGAAAUGAAAAUGAGACCGCCGCAAGAAGUAGGAUUAACCUUGCAUUGGCUUGCUGUCGACGGAGUUCAACCUAACGUUUCACAGAAUCCACCUGGGACGGGUGUUGGUGGUAGUGCAAAUGCCAACAAACGGAAACAAUCUGCUGUCCAUUUAGUUGACGAUGUUGACGAAGACGAAGACGGUUCUCGGGGAGUUCAAGUCACUCAAUUGCUUCCUCGACUCUUGAGCGAAGAAUUGAGAUUGUACUUUUCACGAAUUACCGAAGCCGUGGAACGCGGAGGAGCAACCCCCGUAACACGACAGCAGCAAGAUACAGCGUUGGCAUCGUUGAUUCGAGACCCUGGCUUGCAGGAACUUAUACCAUUUAUGAUUAAUUACGUGACCAAGAAUUUAUUCAAACACUUGGGAAAUCCUGAACAUUGUCGAACCUUGAUUCGGAUGGCCCAAGCUUUGUUGGGGAAUCCUCACAUCCAUCUCGAACUUUACGUAAGUGGAAACAGUUGAAAAUUUCAGCGAUCAAAUGAUCUCUGGCUUGAACUAUUUUUACAAAUCUGUUGAAUCGAUUUUUUUCUAAAACUCGGCGAAUCCUAUUUCAGUUGCAUCAACUCUUGCCUGCAAUCUUGACGAUGGUUGUGGCAGAACGACUAUCAUCUAAUCCAUUUGAUAAUCACUGGAUACUUCGAUACGAGGCGGCGCUUUGCCUGGUACAAGCUUGCAAUCUGUAGGUAGAAUGUUCAAAAUAUAAAAUACUCGCCCUUUUGCGAAUGUACGCAGCUACGAACAGCUGUUGCUGCAUGUCAAAAACUGCUCUCACAUUCCGAUUGUUCGUCGUUGUCUUUACUGAUACAUUUCGCUUUCAAUUAAUGAUGCACGAAUAUUGAAUCCCUCUAGAUUCGGGGAAGAUUAUGCGACGCUAAAAGCGAGACUUUUGAAACCGUUGUCACAUGCCAUUGGACCAGACAAACCUCUUUCAACCCGAUACGGUGGUCUAGUAGCAAUUACGUUCUUUGGUCCCAAAGCUAUCAACGCCUUUGUUUUACCCUUGGCAUUGGAUUAUUGGAAGCAGUCGGAAACGCUGCUGUCAACGUGCAACAACCUGGAACAGCGAAUGGAGAUCCAAAUGUGCGAACAAGCCACUUUAAAUGCCCUGGGCGUAUUUUUAGGUCCCGCCAACAAGGAUGCACCCGAAGCAAUGGGUAUGGGGUGGGAGGAAUUGGAGGACACUUUUGGGGACAGGUUGGUCAUGCUUUGUACAAACGAAACAGAAUAUGCCACUUGCUUCAUUUAAUAGCUUGUUAAAGAUAUCCGAAAAAAGGUAAAAUGCCAAUGCAAAUUUUAUAUUCAGUACCGAUCUUGAUGUGGUUACGAACAAUAAAGUCAAUAUCUCCCA